GCGCUGAUUCUCUUCUUGUUGGGCUACUCUCUGAUGCCCACCUCAGCUGGGACAUAAUCUCCUUUCUCCAUAUUUUGCACACGAAGAAGAUGACUUAAUUUCCAAGCUACGAGCUUCAAUCUCUGUACUUCGUGUUUUGAUCAAUUUUCCACUCAAUAAACAACAAUAUCUUGACUCAACUUGUUGAAAGUGAGUGUUAACGUGUUCACUUCCUCUGUUCUUUCUUGUGUAUGAACGCAAUCUUCUGAGAAUCAAAGCUUAAAGAUCAUGUAUUUUCUUUAUUCAUCAUUUUCUCCAUACGGGUUUUACAGAAUCGAAUUCAAAUUCAAAACCCCCCACAUGUUAAGUAUCAGUAAUUGUAUAUAAAUUCUUGCAAAGUUUUCAACCUUGUGAUCAAUUUGCCGUCAUGGGACACUCUCACUCUCACUCUCAUUCUCAUUUUCACUCAUCCAAUUCUUCCAAUGAUCAAAAUAUGGAUAUGGGGGAAUCGAUCACCACGCAAACGGACGUUUCUUUCGUGCUCGCUAAACAUGUUUUCUCCAAAGAAGUUAAAGGAGAUUCCAACCUGAUGUUCUCUCCUCUUUCAAUUCAAAUAGUACUUGGCCUGAUUGCGGCCGGUUCUAAGGGGCCAACUAAGGACCAGCUGCUCUGCUUCCUCAAGUCCAAAUCUAUUGAUGAACUUAACUAUCUUUAUUCUCAUCUUGUCAAUAUCGUCUUGGUUGAUGGAAGCCCAAAUGGAGGUCCCCGUUUGUCUGUUGCUAAUGGUGUUUGGAUCGACCAAACACUGCCUUUUAAGCCUUCUUACAAAAAGGUUGUGGAUAAAGUUUACAAAGCAGCUUCAAGUUCUGUUGAUUUUCAGUACAAGGCUGCUGAGGUUGCCAAUCAAAUCAAUCAGUGGGCUAAAAUGAAGACAAAUGAUCUCAUUAAAGAGAUUCUUCCUCAUGGAACAGUAAACAAUAUGACAAGGCUCAUCUUUGCAAAUGCAUUAUAUUUUAAAGGAGUAUGGAAUGAGAAGUUCAAUGCUUCAGAAACAAAAGACCAUGAAUUCCAUCUUCUCAGAGGAGGGUCUAUUAAAGCGCCUUUCAUGACUAGCAAGCAGAAGCAAUAUGCAGCAGCCUUUGAUGGCUUCAAAGUGUUGGGACUUCAUUACAAACAGGGCAAAGAUAUCCGUCGUUUCUGCAUGUAUUUAAUUUUGCCAGAUGCCCGUUAUGGAUUACCAGCUUUAAUAGAUAAAAUUAGUUCAGAACCAGGAUUUUUAAAUUACCACCUUCCGUUUGAAAAGGCAAAAAUGCAUAAGUUUCUUAUCCCUAAAUUUAAAACAACUUUUGGUUUUGAAGCUUCUAAUGUUUUAAAGGGACUUGGCCUCACAUUGCCUUUCUCCACUGGUGGCCUCACUGAGAUGGUGGAUUCCCCGUUAGGUGGGAGGUUGUUUGUUUCACAGUUUUUUCACAAGUCCUUCAUUGAGGUAAAUGAGGAAGGAACUGAAGCUGCAGCUGUUACAGCUAGUGUAAUAAUGACCAAGUCAUUGAUAAUUGAGAAGGAAAUGGAGUUUGUUGCUGAUCAUCCGUUCCUAUUCCUUAUAAGAGACGAUGCUACUGGUGUUGUGUUAUUCAUAGGGAGCGUGUUGAAUCCUCUAGCUGGUUAGCCCACUGAAGCAAUAAAGAAAUCUGGAAGGAAAGGAAAGAAAGCAAUAUAAAUCUCUGAAUUCUAAUCAUUGCAUGAAUAAUGUAAAGCUUAAGUUAGCAUGGUGAGAUCUUAUAUUUGCAAAGAGUGAUUGAUCUAUACUGGACACAGAGAAGUGUUAUGUAUCUAAAUAACCAGUUUCUUGAUUUGUGUAUCUGUUUGAUGAGAGGCGUUAUGUAUCUAAAUAACCAGUUUCCUGAUUUGUGUACUCUUUUGAUGAGAUCUUGUACUUCA